GACGCGCAAACUGCUGCUGUGCGCCAAAUAAACUGGAGACAUUUGCAAAUGGGCUAAAAACGCACUCUGGUGUCCUUCAAUCACGGACGACGUUGGGAUACAGAGUUCUUUUUAUAUGGAUGCUGGGAGAAUAUAGUUAAACUUUAAAUUCGGAGCGCGUAAAAUGAGCGUUGCGUGGGAUUUGAGAGUGAUGCAUCUGUGCGGAAUCCAGAUUUCAGUGAAAAUCUAUGUACCUACAGCAGCAGAGACGGUCUGAAAAAUCUUCCAGAGUCCUAUGCGGAAUAUAUAUUACGUUAUACCUACCCAUCAUGGAUCAGAUUGGGAUUUUGGAUUUACAUCAGCGCAAUACAUGGAAAAUGCGUGGACGCAGUGCUGCGAUUAACGGAGUUUACAUCUUUUGAGUAACUUCUAGUACAGGACGAUCAGGAUGAAAAGAUGGCGACCAUGCUCUUGCCAGCGGGUCCUGAUGGCUUGCGACCGUACACUCGAGAGUCUCUGGCGGCCAUCGAGCAGAGGAUCAGCGAAGAGCGGACCAAGAACACUAAGGAUAACAAGGCAGACCCGGGGAACACGGAGGAGCCCAAACCCCGCGCCGACCUGGAGGCCGGGAAGGUGCUGCCUCGUAUCUUUAGUGACAUCCCCGCAGGACUGGUCGGAGUCCCGCUGGAGGACAUCGACCCUUUCUACUUCAAAAAUCAGAGGACCUUUAUAGUACUAAACAAGGGAAAAGCCAUCUUCCGCUUCAGUGCCACAUCUGCGCUCUACAUAUUCACUCCGUUUCACUGCAUCAGAAGAAUCGCCAUAAGAAUCCUAGUCCAUUCGUUCAUCAUGUGCACAAUUUUGACAAACUGCAGCUUCAUGGCCAUGUCGGAUCCUCCGCUGUGGACCAAAUACCUUGAGUAUACAUUCACUGGCAUUUACACGUUUGAGUCUCUAAUAAAGAUCUUGGCCAGAGGGUUUUGCAUAGAGCCCUUCACCUUCCUCCGAGACCCAUGGAACUGGCUGGAUUUCAGCGUCAUCGUCAUGGCGUAUGUGACAGAGUUUGUGGACCUCGGCAACGUAUCAGCAUUACGGACGUUCAGAGUUCUGCGUGCUCUAAAAACUAUAUCAGUGAUCCCAGGUUUAAAGACCAUUGUCAGUGCUCUCAUCCAGUCGGUUAAAAAGCUAGCGGACGUGAUGAUCCUCACUGUUUUCUGUCUCAGUGUCUUCGCUCUGAUUGGUCUACAGCUCUUUAUGGGAAUCCUACGACAGAAGUGUGUCCGUAGCCCCGCCCACUGCAUUAACUCCACCUACCCUGGCAACGGGAGCUUCGUUUGUAACAACAAGACCUGGCUCUCCAUCAAGGACUUCUUAACUAAUGAAGACAAUUUCUACAAAAUUGAAGGAUCCAAGGAUGCCUUAAUAUGCGGAUACAGCAGCGAUGCUGGGAAGUGCCCUGAUGGGUUUGACUGUUUAAAAACAGGUCGGAACCCAAACUACGGCUACACAAGCUUUGACACCUUCGGCUGGGCUUUCCUGGCUCUCUUCAGACUAAUGACACAAGACUACUGGGAAAACCUCUACCAUCAGACUUUACGGUCAGCAGGGAAGACCUACAUGAUUUUCUUUGUGCUGGUGAUAUUUCUGGGUUCGUUCUACCUGGUGAACUUGAUCCUGGCUGUCGUGGCCAUGGCAUAUGAGGAGCAAAACCAAGCGACCAUCGCAGAGGCCUGGGCAAAAGAAAGAGAGUUUCAGCUGGCAAUGGAACAGCUGCGCAAGGAACAAAGUGCAUUAGCAAAACAGCGCAGAAAUGAGGCUGAGAUGGCCCUGGCUGCAGAUUUAUCUCCGUCACCUUUCUCACGGAAAGACUCGGUGAAAUGCCAAAGAUCCCACCAAAUGCUUUCAGAGGAGCUGGAGGACAACUUUUUGCCAAAAUUGGACCCAUUUGAUGAAAAACCAGCUCACCCUCUCCUAGCCACUCUCUCCUCCCAUCCUCUGAGCACCCGUCGAGGAAGCCAGCUCAGUAUCUUUGCCUUCCGGCCACGCAACAGUUCAGACGCUGACUUUGCAGAUGACGAACACAGCAUCCACGGUGAUGGGCGGAGCCGAGCGGGUUCCAUGGCGAUGCCGUGGAACAAGCGUCGUACGAGCAGCAUCAGGAGUCACUCGUCGCAGGUGUUCCCGCCCACCCUCACCCUUAACGGCAGACUUAACAUUUCCCUGGACCAGAACGGCAUCACCAGCAUUGGCCCGCACACCCCGACCUCUGUUCCAGUAUUCAGCAUGGAGAAGGUCAGGGAGGACACGGAGCCAGUGUGUCAGAAUGAGCAGACCACUCCAGCUGCCAUGCUGACUGUCGACGUGCAGGAGGAAGUCCCGCCCCCGCGCAGGAAGAGAGGACUGAGCUCUGUCAGCUUCUUCAGUGACGUCAUAGACGAACUUGAAGAGGCCCAUCAGAAAUGUCCUCCAUGCUGGUAUGAAUUUGCAAAGAAGUACCUGAUUUGGACAUGCUCUCCAGCCUGGCUGAGAGUGAAGGAAGGGCUUAAAGUCAUGGUGAUGGACCCUUUCCUGGACCUUGCAAUCACCAUUUGCAUUGUUCUCAACACAUUGUUCAUGGCGCUAGAGCACUAUCCCAUGACUGAUGAAUUCAACAGCAUGCUGAGUGUUGGAAACCUGGUGUUCACUGGAAUCUUCACGGCAGAGAUGGUGCUGAAGAUCUUUGCUCUGGAUCCAUACUAUUACUUUCAGCAAGGCUGGAGCAUCUUUGAUGGAAUUAUUGUUUGUUUGAGUCUGAUGGAGUUGGGCCUUUCCAACGUGGAGGGUCUAUCUGUCCUCCGCUCGUUCAGACUGCUGAGAGUUUUUAAACUAGCAAAGUCAUGGCCCACCCUCAACACAUUGAUAAAGAUCAUCGGUAACUCUGUGGGUGCCUUGGGAAACCUGACACUGGUCUUAGCCAUCAUCGUCUUCAUCUUCGCUGUGGUGGGCAUGCAGCUGUUUGGAAAGAACUAUCAGGACUGUGUGUGUAAGAUCAGCUAUGACUGCACCCUUCCUCGCUGGCACAUGAAGGACUUCUUCCACUCGUUCCUCAUCGUGUUCAGGGUCUUGUGCGGAGAGUGGAUCGAGACCAUGUGGGACUGUAUGGAGGUGGCCGGACAGCCGCUUUGCAUUCUGGUCUUCAUGCUGGUCAUGGUCAUAGGAAACCUAGUGGAAGUCGCCAGCCUCUCUGAAGGAAGUACGGUGGACUUGAGGAAGCCUGGGGAAGAUGAGGAGGAAUAUUCUGAGAUGGCAGAUGAUGGCAUGGAUCCAGAAGAGUGUUUCCCUGAGUUCUGUAUGCAUCGCUGUAAGUGUUGCAAUAUCAACACGACGAGAGGUCUGGGUCAAGCGUGGUGGAGGUUGAGGAAGACGUGCUAUCAGAUAGUGGAGCACAGCUGGUUUGAGACCUUCAUCAUCUUCAUGAUCCUCCUCAGCAGUGGAGCUCUGGCAUUUGAAGACAUUUACAUUGAACAGAGGAAGGUGGUGAAGGUGGUGUUGGAAUAUGCUGACAAGGUGUUCAGCUACAUCUUUGUGCUGGAGAUGUUUCUGAAGUGGAUUGCGUAUGGCUUUAAGAAAUACUUCACUAACUACUGGUGCUGGCUGGACUUCCUGAUUGUGGAUGUGUCUUUGAUUAGCUUGGUCGCUAACUCUCUGGGCUACUCAGACUUUGGGGCCAUUAAAUCUUUGAGGACUCUCAGAGCUCUGAGGCCCCUGAGGGCCCUGUCUAGAUUCGAAGGAAUGCGGGUGGUGGUGAAUGCUCUGAUCGGGGCCAUCCCAUCCAUCAUGAACGUACUGCUGGUGUGCCUGAUCUUCUGGCUCAUAUUUAGCAUCAUGGGUGUAAAUCUAUUCGCUGGGAAAUUCGGGAAAUGUGUCAACAGGACAGGAUACAUUCUCAGUGUAACCCUGGUCAACAACAAGAGUGACUGCCAGUCCAUGAAUGACACCCAGUUCUACUGGACCAAAGUGAAAGUCAACUUCGACAAUGUGGGCCUUGGAUACCUCUCACUUCUGCAGGUGGCAACAUUCAAAGGCUGGAUGGAAAUCAUGUACGCUGCCGUCGAUUCCCGUGGAGUUGAGGAGCAGCCCGUCAAAGAGAUAAACCUCUACAUGUACAUCUACUUCGUAAUUUUCAUCAUCUUUGGAUCCUUUUUUACCUUAAAUCUGUUCAUCGGUGUCAUCAUCGAUAACUUCAAUCAACAGAAAAGAAUGAUAGGUGGCCAGGAUAUAUUCAUGACUGAAGAGCAGAAAAAGUACUACAAUGCAAUGAAGAAACUUGGAUCGAAAAAGCCACAGAAGCCAAUUCCAAGACCAGUGAACAUUUUACAAGGAUUCUUCUUCGACUUGGUGUCCAAGCAAGCCUUUGACAUUACCAUCAUGAUGCUCAUUAUUCUCAACAUGAUAACCAUGAUGGUCGAGACUGAUGAACAAUCUGCUCGCAUGGAGACCAUCCUCAAUAACAUCAACCUGGCCUUCAUUGUCAUCUUUACCACUGAAUGCCUCAUCAAGAUGUUUGCCCUCCGCUGUUAUUUCUUCACCAUUAGUUGGAACAUAUUUGACUUUGUAGUCGUUAUUCUGUCCAUCGUUGGAAUUGUCCUUGCUGACAUAAUAGAAAAAUACUUUGUAUCCCCAACUCUGUUUCGUGUGAUCCGGUUGGCAAGAAUAGGACGAGUUCUCAGACUAAUACGAGCAGCUAAAGGAAUAAGGACGUUACUUUUUGCCUUAAUGAUGUCGCUGCCGGCGUUGUUCAACAUCGGCCUCCUGCUCUUCUUGGUCAUGUUCAUCUAUGCCAUUUUUGGCAUGGCAAACUUCGCCUACGUAAAGAAGCAGGGCGGGAUUGACGACAUGUUCAACUUCGAAACCUUCGGGAACAGCAUGAUCUGCCUUUUCCAGAUCACCACAUCGGCCGGUUGGGAUAACCUACUGGAUCCCAUUCUCAACAACUCUCCGGAAGAAUGCAGCUCGAGUUACAUCAACACCGGAACCAAUACCAAGGGCAACUGCGGCAACCCCUCGGUAGGGAUCACUUUCUUCGUCAGCUACAUCAUCAUUUCCUUCUUGAUCGUGGUCAACAUGUACAUCGCCAUCAUUCUGGAGAACUUCAGCGUGGCCACCGAGGAGAGCGCUGAACCUCUGAGCGAGGAUGACUUUGAGAUGUUCUACGAGGUUUGGGAAAAGUUUGACGUAGAGGCCACGCACUUCAUCGAGUACUCCAAACUCUCGAGUUUCGCCGACAGCCUUUCCGAACCUCUGAGGAUCACCAAACCCAACAGAAUCAAACUCAUCAACAUGGAUCUACCUAUGGUGAGCGGUGACAGGAUCCACUGCCUGGACAUCCUGUUCGCCUUCACCAAGCGGGUCCUCGGGGAGACGGGAGAAAUGGACGCUUUGAAGCAGCAAAUGGAGGAGAAGUUCAUGAUGGCGAACCCUUCCAAGAUAUCCCACGAGCCCAUCACCACCACGCUGCGGCGCAAGCAGGAGGAGAUUUCGGCAUUUCUGAUCCAGCGUGCCUACCGGCGGCACCUGGUUAGACGGCAAAUGAAGCAGGCGUCUUACCUGUACAAGCACAUAAACCAAGACGCACACUGGUUGGAAGAGGACGGCGCUCCGGAGCGGGAAGGACUCAUAGUGUCAAUGAUUAAAGAGCACUACGGUCCCGAGAAGGGGCCGCCGUACUUAGCUUGCUCUCCGCUGUCCUAUGAUGCUGUAACAAAUUAUCCUAGUGACCACUCUCAAUCCAGUGAGCCUCAUAAAUCAGAAGAGACGUAUGACGAGACCUUUCUUUAGGAACUCUUUUCUAAGUAACCCAUCUUUGCUUGCUUUUUUUUUUUUUUACCAUGUUUGGAUGUGUGUAAAUGUGUGUGUAAGUGUCUAAUCAGGAGGAAUCCAAAUGCAAACAAGAUUUCACUUUUUUAAUCUGUAAGAAAAUGUUUGGACAACCUGUUGUUUUUGUCACAAAAUAUGGCAUGGAAUCAUGGGAAACGGACAAAAAUGCAUGGAUGUAACUUUUCAGGUAGAGAAUGUAUUUUAGCUCAGAUGUGUUGCACAUAUCGCAACUGUAAUAUUGUACAGAUGUUAUUUUGGUGGUUUGCUAUAAAGCUUUACGCCAACAUGUAGUUUUUCAUUUCUCAGGAUUAAGUGAGGAAUGUUAUCACUUUUUUUCACUUGAUGAGAGUACUGGUGUAAGGAAAAGGCCCCUAAAUGCAGUUGGAAUGACUACAGUGGAAAUUUCCUCUUACAAAGUUAAUAAUUUAGCAUUUUUAUCAGCGCUUGAGGAAUUUUUGUUUUCUUGUUGAACACAAGUAGGAAACUGUGUUUUAAAAUGGUUUAAUGGACUACUUAAGUCAGUACAUGUACAUGUUCCUGAUUUUAUUAUGCACAAGUGGUGCAUGCUAUUCCAAAGAAAGAAUCGAUGUAAUCUUUCAUCAAAAUGAAACAACUUUCCUGGCUGAUGUUAUGUAUUUCUCAACCCAUUCUCUCCAACAGCUUCGCUCCAUUUUGACAUGCAACGCCUACUUUUAAUGAUUCAAUCAAUUCCCAGUGGAUAAAAAUCCAGAAUCGCCUAAAUUGUUCUGGGUUAAAUAUCCUGUUUCACUAAACUUACAGCAGUAAAAUGUUGAAUUAACUGAAAUAAAAUGGAUAUACAGCUAUGUUUAAUACAAAAUUUGGAUCAGCUGAAAUUACCUUCAGCUCUUAUGUUUUAUUUAAGGGCUUUUUCUCAAUAUGUUGCCCAUUGAAAUGCUUUAGUCUGGAUCAUAGAAGAUUGUCAGAGUGUCCUAAUUACUCAUAACCUCAUCACUGUUUUUUUCCAUGUCAGGAAUAUGAAUUUACAUGCAUCAAAUGCAUUUCUGUGACUAAACUAUAUAUUAACUAAUAUAAUGUACAUAAGCAAAUGGGAAGAAAAGUACAGUUGUAUCAUCAACAUCCAUGUACAGGUAUAUCAAUUUCUGUGUUCAACUCCUUUUUUUUAUGAAACAAUGCUGUCCUUUCCACAAAUUGUUCUCUCUAUUGUAUUUUAUUUCAA